GUUGAAAAUGUAAUGAUACCUCUCUUGGGAAAUGAGUAUGUUGUCAAAAGGUCUCUUGUUGAAGUAUCCUUACAGUUUGUCUGCAGCAUCAACUCAGUGUUUCGCCAUUUAAGACCACCAUCACGUCUUGGGAGUGAAAUUCACAGCAUAUACGCAGAAAAAUCUCUUGACUUUUGUCAAUUUCCCCGGAAGCAUAAUUAUAAGAAUGUCCCAACAUAUUGUAUUGAAAUCAAGCCCAAGGCUGGCUUUCUUCCAACAUCAUCUCAUAUUGCCAGCUCUAAUAAUAUAAAACAUAAAGUAUGUCGUCAUUGUCUUCAUCAGAGGCUGAAGUUGAAGAGAAUAAAUGGAAAACUCUUAGUACUUACUGCCCACUGGAUUUGUUUUCAGGCCAUGUGAACCGCAUGCAUUAUGCUCUAUCAUCACUCGCAUUAAACCCUCAAAACAACCUGCGGAUAUUCAAGGAUGGGAUGUUAAUUUAUGGUUGUAUUGAUAAUGGUGUCCCGAGUAAGGAUGAUAAAACUUGUCUUUAUAAUCAGUUAGAGGCUCACUUUGGGAAUAAAGAUGACCCUACCACCGAUAUUUCACAAAGUUCAGUUCUACAGUCCCUUGAAGAGAUCAUAAUAUCUGCGUUAUUGAACACUUCCCACUGUGAUAACAAUUGCCAACACUUGAGUAAGAAAAGAAAAACUGAAAUACAAUGCAAUACAAGAUGUGCUGCAAGUGGAUACAAACCUUUGCAAACCCCAACCGAGUCUUGCCUACCAAAGGGAUGUGUGCUCUACAAUCUGCUUAAAGUUCAACAAUUUGACGACCUUGAUAUUGAGGGAAUUUAUCCAUUGUAUUGUAAAAUGCAGGAGCAGUUAUCAAGAAAUCCUACUCAAUACAGAGAAAUAUGGAACCUUGAUAGAAAGUACAAGAAAGGCUAUGUGACCAGUAUUCUGGAUAAUAGUGUUGUGAACGGCCAUGUUGAUGUCAGAAGCAUUAAGAAAUUUCUGGUUGCCAUGACUGCCAAGGACUGUUCUAUUAUGAUAGCAUUACUUCCAGUGGACAAAACAGAAAGGUAA